AUGAACCGGGGCGGCGGCGGCGGCGGCGGCGGCAGCCCGGCGGCCGCCACCAACUACCUGAUCUGUACCAACUGCCGGAAAGUGCUGCGGAAGGAUAAAAGAAUCAGAGUAUCUCAGCCCUUGACAAGAGGACCAAGUGCCUUUAUUCCAGAGAAGGAAGUUGCUCAAGCAAACACAUCGGAUGAACGUACUAACUUUCUUGUGGAAGAAUACUCUACAUCCGGUCGCCUGGACAACAUCACCCAGGUCAUGAGUCUGCACACCCAGUACCUGGAGUCUUUCCUGCGGAGCCAGUUCUACAUGCUGCGCAUGGACGGCCCCCUUCCUCUCCCACACAGGCACUACAUCGCAAUAAUGGCUGCAGCUAGACAUCAGUGUUCUUACCUAAUAAACAUGCAUGUGGAUGAAUUUCUAAAAACAGGAGGUAUUGCUGAGUGGUUGAAUGGUUUGAAAUAUGUACCACAAAGACUGAAAAACCUUAAUGAAAUAAAUAAGCUGCUAGCACACCGACCCUGGCUGAUCACAAAAGAGCACAUUCAGAAACUUGUCAAAACUGGAGAAAAUAAUUGGUCUCUGCCCGAACUGGUACAUGCUGUGGUCCUACUGACACAUUAUCAUGCUUUGGCAAGCUUUGUUUUUGGUAGUGGCAUUAAUCCGGAGAGAGAUCCAGAAAUCUCCAAUGGAUUCAGGCUAAUAUCAGUCAACAAUUUCUGUGUUUGUGACCUCGCUAAUGACAACAACAUAGAGAAUGCAUCCCUCACAGGCAACAACUUCGGGAUUGUAGGUUCCCUAAGUGAGCUGGAGGCCUUAAUGGAAAGAAUGAAAAUGCUUCAAGAAGAAAGGGAAGAUGGAGACACAUCUCAGGAAGAAAUGACCACUCGUUUUGAGAAGGAGACGAAAGAAAGUCUUUUCGUUGUCUCUGGAGAUACUUUUCAUUCAUUUCCUCAUUCAGAUUUUGAGGAUGACAUGAUUAUAACAUCUGAUGUCUCCCGAUACAUUGAAGACCCUGGUUUUGGGUAUGAAGACUUUGCUAGACGAGGAGAAGAGCAUUUGCCAACAUUCCGAGCUCAGGACUAUACCUGGGAAAACCAUGGGUUCUCCCUGGUGAACAGACUUUAUUCUGACAUUGGACAUCUUCUUGAUGAAAAAUUUCGCAUGGUCUACAGUCUCACCUAUAACACUAUGGCCACCCACGAAGAUGUCGACACAACCAUGCUACGCAGAGCUUUGUUUAACUAUGUCCACUGUAUGUUUGGAAUCAGGUAUGAUGACUAUGAUUACGGAGAAGUUAAUCAAUUACUUGAACGAAGCCUGAAGGUUUACAUUAAGACAGUGACCUGCUAUCCUGAGAGGACUACCAAGCGCAUGUAUGAUAGUUACUGGCGUCAGUUCAAACACUCAGAGAAGGUUCACGUCAAUUUACUGUUAAUGGAAGCACGGAUGCAAGCUGAACUUCUGUAUGCUCUUCGUGCCAUAACUCGGCAUUUGACCUGA